AACAAGUGUGGAGGUCUGUGGCGCUGCCGCAGGAGUUUUUGUAGCUAGCAAAAUGCCGAAAAGAACUUGUCCUUUUCCCGAAACCUUCUCAUCCCAAUACAAAAUACACAUCGGACAACAGGAAUUGAAUAAUUACGGCGUGUUUGGGAGCAAAUACAGGCAAGAAAUCUACGAAAAGACAAAGAACUUGCUUUUUAAUGGUGCUAAGGCUGUGAUGGGCAAAAUAUGGACUGGGGAGGAGAAGUGCACAGAUCCGCAGAUAACAGGACAAGCUGAGACACCUGCAUGCAGCCAGACACUGCUGAGAGGACAGACAUUGAUUGGACAUGACGGGAGACUGACAAGAGCAAACGCCGCUCAAGGUGCACCAGUGGCGGCUGCAGGCUGCUGUGUGUGUCAGAAGAGCCAGGGGUCCAGGACACCAUGCUCCCAAUGUGACCGUCCAGCGUGCACCUCUUGUACCAGACAAUGCUCAAGUUGUUCCAGCCUCUGCUGCUCUGUCUGCACCAUCAUAGAUUACAGUGGGCGAUAUGAUGAAGUACUGUGCUGCAGUUGCUCGACAUAAAGACCAAAGGAGGGAUCAGGAGUUUAUGCUUGAACAUACUGUGUAUGAUAUAUUACUAAGACUGCAUUUUAUACCUGUGAUUUUUUUUUUUUUAACGUGAUCCAGAUGUUUUCUUGUAUAUAUGUAUUGCAUUUCCAAUGUAACUGAAAUAAACUUGAACAAUUUUGUAUA